UCAGACCACAUCCACUGUUGUCUAUUAGUACUAGUAUAAAAAAACUCAGCAAUUCCAGCCACCACACAACCUCCUUCUGCUGCCACCAUUCUUCUUGCUCGAGAUUUCAAUUCUUUUUCUCCAAACUCAACUUGGGUUUAUGUGAUGGCGCUCAAUAUCUCUUCUCCGGCUGAAGUCAAGUCCCUUUUUUUCUCUGAUUCCUUCAAGUCUAAUUGUCUCACAGCAAAAUUCCCAGGUGGUUUUGCUUUUAAAAGAAAAGAUGGUGGAAGGCGAGUUAACUGCUCACUGCAGGCAUCACCACCACCACCACCAGCCUGGCCGGGACGAGCGUAUCCAGAACAAGUUGGCAAGACUUGGGAGGGACCAAAACCCAUAUCUAUUGUGGGAUCUACUGGUUCUAUUGGAACUCAGACUCUAGAUAUUGUGGCAGAGAAUCCAGACAAGUUUAAAGUUGUGGCACUUGCAGCUGGUUCAAACGUUACUCUCCUUGCAGACCAGAUAAAAACAUUUAAGCCUCAACUUGUUGCUGUUAGAAACGAGUCGCUAAUUGCUGAACUUGAAGAGGCUUUGCAUGAUGUUGAACAGAAACCUGAGAUCAUCCCUGGAGAGCAGGGAAUCGUUGAGGUUGCUCGUCACCCAGAUGCAGUCAGUGUAGUCACAGGAAUAGUAGGGUGUGCAGGACUGAAGCCGACAGUUGCUGCGAUAGAAGCAGGGAAAGACAUAGCUUUGGCCAACAAAGAGACGUUGAUUGCCGGAGGUCCUUUUGUCCUUCCUCUUGCUCAGAAGCAUAACGUAAAAAUACUUCCUGCUGAUUCGGAACAUUCUGCCAUUUUUCAGUGUAUCCAGGGGUUACCAGAGGGUGCACUUAGGCGCAUUAUUCUAACAGCAUCUGGAGGUGCUUUUAGGGAUUUGCCAGUUGAAAAGCUGAAAGAUGUUAAAGUAGCUGAUGCAUUAAAACAUCCCAACUGGAAUAUGGGGAAAAAGAUAACUGUGGACUCUGCUACACUCUUUAACAAGGGUCUAGAAGUAAUUGAAGCACAUUACCUAUUUGGAGCUGACUAUGAUAAUAUUGAGAUUGUCAUUCAUCCGCAAUCAAUCAUACAUUCAAUGAUUGAAACACAGGAUUCAUCUGUUCUUGCACAACUAGGGUGGCCUGAUAUGCGGUUGCCGAUCCUCUAUACAUUAUCAUGGCCUGACAGGGUUUAUUGUUCUGAAGUCACUUGGCCUCGCCUUGAUCUUUGCAAGCUUGGUUCACUUACAUUUAAAACUCCAGACAAUGUAAAGUAUCCAUCCAUGAAUCUUGCCUAUGCUGCUGGUCGUGCUGGAGGAACAAUGACAGGAGUUCUCAGUGCAGCAAAUGAGAAAGCUGUAGAGUUGUUUAUUGAUGAAAAGAUUAGCUAUUUGGAUAUAUUCAAAGUGGUGGAGCUAACAUGUGAGAAGCAUCAAAAUGAAUUGUUGACCUCGCCUUCCCUUGAAGAAAUUAUUCACUAUGACCUAUGGGCACGAAAAUACGCUGCUAGUUUGCAAGACUCUUCCACCUUCACACCUAUUCUUGCAUGAGAAGGAUUAUUAGUGUAGGGAUAUGGCUGAUUCCUCCCACAAGGCCCUUGAACAAUUUAUCCAAUGCAGAAUCAUGCAUUCCCUUCAUGUUGAAAAAUAAAAAGGGUUAUAUUUAUGGAA